AACCUAAAACAGUCGACAACGAAACUCACAACCGAGAGAAAAUCAGAACGAAUAAUAACAAUAAAAAAAUAUAUAAAAUAUUUAAACAAAAUAAAAAAGUUAACGAGCGAAAAAUAAUUAACUAAUUCAAGUGAAAAUUUCAUAAAGUUAAACAAGAAAAACAAAAAAAAGAAGAGAAAAAAUUAUUUAUAUACUUAAAAUGGAUAAACAAAACACGUCUAAUCCCACUAACAACUAUAAUGUACCCUUGGGAGUCGGUACUAGUACCUCAAGUGGUGUAACUGUUUUCGAUCCCUCUGUAACAAACAAUAAUCCCCCACCACCACCACCAACAUACGAUCAGGCCAUGGGUAAUCCAGCAACGGCUGCUAAAGCAACUGGUACAUACACUACAUCGGCGGGUUGGAAUGCCCCCGGUAUGGGGGCAGCAAAUGCGGGAUAUAAUACAACAACAACUACAACAUAUACCACAUAUGGUACGACAGUACCACCAUCUACAACACAACAACCAAGAAAUGUACCACAACAAACGACAUUCGUCCAACCGCCAGUUGUGAUAAUACAGCAACAACCCAUGUUACCACUUGGUCCGGAGCCAGUGUACUUAACGUGUCCAGCAUGUCAUAUACAGAAGUUAACACGCAUUGAAUACGAACCAAGUUCAAGAACACAUUUAAUGGCUGCUUUAUUGUGUUUAGUUGGUUUAUGGUGUUGUGUCUGUUUGCCAUAUUGCGCCGGUAGUUGUAUGAACACUCAUCAUUAUUGUGGAAAUUGUGGUAAAUUUUUGGGUACUUAUGGCAACGCAUUAUAAAGAAUAUGGUUGAAACGAUUUAUUAAUUUCAUGUAAAUAAAUAAAUAUUUUUUAAUGUUAUUUAAAUAAAGCAAAAGGGCUUAACUGUCAUAAAUUUGAAAUAGAAAGUUAACAAUUCAUGCACAAUUUGUGGCAAGUUGAUGUGAAGCUCUUUUCAUAAUUAAAUCCAAAGAAUGUAUUUGUAAAUAUUUAGUUAAAUUGUAAAUUAUACAUUUUUAUUUAUAAAAUAAUCAUUUAAGUAUUAUUUGUUAAACAUUUAAAUUAAUUAAAUAAACAAUCAUAUUUUUUCUUCAAUUGCAUGAAUAAUAAAUUGAUUCAUCAAAUAAAAGGUGCUAAAUUUUAAGGCAUAAAUAUUUAUAU